UGGUUUAAAAGGCAACGAGGGAAGGCUACCAACGACAUCUCGAAGUUGUAGUCAACCAAAACGAUACGCGAAUGACUGUUAGAUAAGACUGACACUAAAAAAAAGGGAAAAGUAGUUAGACAAAUAACACAUUUUGUGAACAAAUCAUCAAUAAGUAAUUAAUGUUCUGAUAUUUUUAAUAAAACCAGUUAGAUUCUAACUGUUGAACGAUAAAUAUAAACCUAUAUAUUUAAAAGUUAAUCAUGUGGAAACGAGGGAAAUUUGCUUUGCUGGUUUUAUUGAUAGAAAUUGCGUUUAUCAUUGUAUACGGAUGUGUUGUUGUAUACGAUCCUGAUGCCGAUGCCUCCAACCCAAGCCAUAGCAUCUCAGCAUCUUUGAACGGUAGCAAUUAUCGGGAGAACAUGCUGGAAGAUUAUUAUCCACUGUUCCAGGACGUCAGUGUCAUGAUUUUCAUCGGUUUUGGUUUCUUGAUGACCUUUAUGAAGAAGUAUGGAUACAGUGCUGUUGCUCUCAACAUGCUUCUGGCUUGCAUAGCUGUCCAAUGGGGAAUAAUCAUGCAGAACGUGUGGCAUACUCACCAUGGAAAGCUCCAUAUAAACGUUUUUAGCCUCAUCAACGCCGAAUUUGGUUCUGCCACAGUGCUGAUUUCGUACGGUGCUCUUCUGGGUAAACUUAGCCCUAUUCAGCUAGUUGUCAUGUGUAUGAUCGAAAUCACCAUAUUUGGAUGUAAUGAACACCUAGGAGUGGGAAUCUAUAAGACAGCCGAUAUUGGCGGAUCCAUUUUCCUCCACACUUUUGGAGCGUAUUUUGGGCUAGCUGUGACUUUCGUUUUGUAUCGAAAGGAGUUCUGUGAACAUCCUAAAGAAGGGGCUGUAUACCAUUCAGAUAUUUUUGCUAUGAUUGGAACUAUAUACUUGUGGUUGUUUUGGCCUAGCUUUAACUCCGCUCUAGGUCUAGGAGACGAUCGUCAUAGAGCAAUCAUCAACACAUAUCUCUCACUAUGUUCGUGCGUCCUAAUCAGUUUCGCUACUUCGUCUUUAGUAGACGGCAAGAACAGGUUUAAUAUGGAGGCCUUGUUGAAUUUAUUUCGAUUAGAGGCUAUCAUUUACUUACUUUAUUUAAGUGUCAAAUAUUUAACUCCUUUUGCAAUGAUAAUAGGAAGUCUUGCUGGUUUCAUCUCGGUUAUGGGCUAUCAUUUCCUUACGCCAUUUCUGGCCAAAUACUGCCGAAUUCAUGAUACGUGUGGAGUCAACAACCUGCACGGAAUGCCUGGGAUCUACGCAGCAUUGGUUAGCGCCAUUGUUGUGUCAUUGGCUUCAGAAGACAACUACGGUUACAGCUUGUACGAAAUAUUUGGUUAUAUGUCACCGGCAGCAAAUUCCAGCAAACUUGCAGAGAUUCAAUCCCAGUACACGGAAAUUGAACCUGGAAAAGGGAGAACUGCAAGUCUUCAGGCUGGCUACCAACUCAUUGCUCUAGUUACCACGCUUGCAGUUGCAAUAGGAGGAGGAAUAGUGACUGGUCAGUCUAAAUUUAUUUUCUACUUUGAUUUCUUUUAUUAA